UCCGGAGUUGUGCAGGGGCAGGUAAACAAAAUGGCGGCUGCCUAACAACUGAACUCCGGUAGGGAGGGAGGGAGAGGCGAUGCUGCAUGGAGCGGAACAACGACAACAGCAGCCAGAGGAGCCCGAGGAUUCCGAGCCCAUUUUGGCAGCUUUCAGAGACUAUCUCGAGAUGGACGAGGUGGUGGAUUACAUCAGUGAGAACGACCUGAUGGGAGUGGACACUUUCAUCCACAGGAUAGACUCCACCGACGUGAUCUACCAGCCGAGGAAAAAGAGAGCUAAGAUCAUCGGCAAGUACCUGAUGGGCGACCUGCUGGGCGAGGGUUCUUACGGCAAAGUCAAGGAAAUGCUGGACUCCGAGACGUUGUGCAGGAGGGCCGUGAAGAUCCUCAAGAAGAAGAAGCUGCGGAGGAUCCCGAAUGGGGAAGCGAAUGUCAAAAAGGAAAUCCAGUUGCUCAGGAGACUACGACACAAAAAUGUAAUCCAGUUGGUAGAUGUGCUGUAUAAUGAUGAAAAACAAAAGAUGUAUAUGGUAAUGGAAUAUUGUGUGUGUGGAAUGCAAGAAAUGUUGGACAGCGUCAAUGAUAAGAAAUUUCCAGUCUUUCAAGCUCAUGGGUACUUCUGCCAGUUAAUUGAUGGUCUAGAAUAUUUGCACAGUCAAGGGAUAGUCCACAAAGAUAUUAAACCAGGGAACCUUCUGCUAACGACGGAUGGCACUUUGAAAAUCUCAGACCUAGGAGUAGCUGAAGCAUUACACCCUUUUGCAGAGGAUGAUACAUGUAGGACGAGUCAAGGAUCACCAGCAUUCCAGCCUCCAGAAAUUGCAAAUGGACUAGAUACAUUUUCAGGGUUCAAGGUGGACAUUUGGUCUGCAGGGGUGACAUUAUACAAUAUUACAACUGGUCUUUAUCCAUUUGAGGGGGAUAACAUCUACAAAUUAUUUGAAAACAUAGGGAAAGGGGAGUAUACCAUUCCAGAAGAAUGUGGACCGUUGUUGACAGAUUUAUUACGAGGAAUGCUUGAAUAUGAUCCUGUGAAAAGGUUUUCAAUACAACAGAUUAGACAGCACAAUUGGUUUCGAAAAAAACAUCCUCAGACAGAAAAUCCGGUUCCUAUUCCUCCAAGCCCAGAGACCAAGGACAAAUGGAGAAGUAUGACAGUGGUGCCUUACCUGGAAGACUUGCAUGGUUAUAAUGAAGAUGAAGAAGAUCUGUACAGUGAAGAUGUGGAGAACGAAAUAAUUUAUACUCAGGAUUUUACAGUACCGGGACAGGUGCAGGUGCCUGAAGAAGAGAUUGAGCAAAACGGCCAAAACAGGAGCAAAGGCAGCCACAAAGCAAUGUGCAUGAAUGGUACAGAGGCAGGACAGUUUAACAGCAAGGUCAAAAAUGAACGGAGGUCAAGCUCUUCUUCCAAUCCAUCCCGCAAAGCCUCCACCAGUAGCAGCAAAGUUCGGAAACUCUCUGCAUGUAAACAACAAUGACCCGUCUGUAAACUCUGUGCUAGUUCUGAAGACGGGGGAUUGUGGUGCUGCUGCUGCCUUUGUUCUUGUGUGGACCAGCACCGGAAGCAAGCAACGGAAAAGAGGAGAAAGAAGCGGUGAACGAAUAAGAAACGAACCCAACCUCCUACCGAAAGAAAACGGCAUGCCAACCAACCAACGCCAGCUACUUAUUACACCAAACCUGAGUUUGAGAAAACCGUAUAACCAUGGAUAUUUAGAACUUUGUGCAAAGCCAAGUAGAAGCACUUUAUGUUUUAGACUACUUUCUGUUUAUACUGUACCUGCAGUAUAGUACACAUUGUGAUGUGUAAAUGCAUGCUGUAAAGGGCUUGGAGAAAGGGAAUAUAUUAUAAAGGGCGAUGGGUUGAAAAACCUCGUGUAUGUUAACCUGCGUUGUUCUGUAGCAGGUUCACUACGAAAUUCAACAUUUACCAAAUGAAAAUGUCUUGCUGCCACUUGUAGUUGGCAGUGACAGGAACACGUGUAUAGUUAAAUGUACCAUUUGGGAGGAUUUUUGAAAUCAUGAAGAGCUAUAAGAAAGGGCCUCGGUUUAUUGAGGCCUAUUCUGAACAGUGUUUUCUUUCCACUGCCAGUUUAUCCCAGCUUCAGUCACGUCACUGUUACAAAUAAUUUCAUUUAUCAAAUCAUCCCACGGUUACCUUCCCACCUGUUAGGCAUACUGACACAAGCAUUCCUAUAAUUUGCGGUGUGCUCCUGUGCUUUACACGCCAUUUUAAUUUCUGCCCCCCUCCACGGUAUUCUAUUCCAAAAUGAGAAUGCCAAAAAAAAAAUGGUUUUGAUGAUGAAACACACAGUCAGACAUCUGCUGCAUUUAUGCAGAGGCUACCAGGAUGUUUCCAAGGUUCAGAGAUGACAGGUAAAUGAUUUGCAGUCAGCAUUGGGGAUUGGAUCACUUUUGCAACACUGUUGGAUUGAUUACGGGCGUGGCAAGGUGCUGCGUGAGCAGUAAUACAUUCAAUUUAUGUGUUGGUGACAAUAAAAGCUCUCUGUAACAGGCUGUCUUACAAUGGUCUACCAAUGCAAUUCAUAAGUGUUUAUGGCUGCCAGUUCUUGCAUUAUUUCCUAAUGAAGCCUCUGUGCAUGAUAGUCCUGGCUCUUCUUUGAAAUAUUAAAACACUGUAGUGGUACCAAAGCAUUGCACUCAGUGGCCACUUUAUUAGGUAUACCUAAAGAAUCCACUGCUGUAGCCCAUCCACUUCAAGGUCCGACGUGUUGUGUGACCUCCCUGGAUUGCCUCCCCCUUCCCUUUCUCCUAUGGUCCACACUCCUCUCCUAUCAGAUUCUCUCAUCUACAGCCCUUGACCUUUCCCACCCACCUGGCUUCCCCAAUCACCUUUUAGCCUGCCUCCUUUCACUCCCCCAACCUUUUUAAUCUGGCGUCUUCCCCCUUUGUUCCUAGUCCUGAAGAAGGGUCUCGGCCUGAAUUCUCAACUGUUUAUUCAUUUCCGUAGAUGCUGCCUGACCUGCUGAAUUCUCCAGCAUUUUGUGUGUGAUGCUGUUCUGCAGAUCACUGUUGUAAUGUGUGGUUGUUUGAGUUACCGUUACCUUCCGGUCUGCUUGGACCAGUCUGGCAAUUCUCCUCUGACCUCUCUCAUUAACUAGGUGUUUUCAACCACAGAAAUGCCACUUACUGUUCUUUUAUUUCUUUUUUUUUGCUCCAUGCUCUGUAAACUCUAGAGCAGGGUUUCCCAAACCUUUUUAUGCCAUGGACCAAUAUCAUUAAGCAUUGUAUCCAUGGACCUCAGGUUGGGAACCCCUGCUCUAGAGCUGUGCAAUCUGUUGCACUUGAAGGUCACAGGAGAUCGGCAAUUUCUAAAAUACUCAAACCACCCCAUCUGGCACCAACAAUCACUCCACAGUUAAAGUUACUUAUAUCACAUUUCUUCCCCUUUUUGAUGUUUGGUCCAAACAACAACUGAACCACUUUUAUGCAUUGAGUUGCUGCCAUAUGACUGGCUGAUUUGAUAUUUGCAUUAUUAAUGGGCAGGUGUACAGGUUUAUUUAAUAAAGUGGACACUAAGUGGAUUUGUUUUACUUAAGUGGCUGCCAGUGUUAUUAUCAUGGAGACACUGAGUAGAAUUUUUAAAUCUGCACCCUAUUUCUUCUUGCAUUGCACUAGAAAUAGAAGGUAUGUGCUUACCUUUUGCUCUCUUGGAGUCAAUAAGAGCUACUCUAGGGAAUAAACUAUUUGCUAACUGUGCGAGGGAAUUAAUUCAGUUCCUGGACGACAACCAUUAAACCCAUUACUGGCCAAGAUGAAGCCUGAAUAUUGUUUUUAAAAAUUUUUACAGAAGGCACAGUCUGUUGCAUUUAAAAGUAACCUUUAUAUGCCAUUUUAAUUUCUACCACCACCACACCCACCCAUAUUCUAUUCCAAAAAUGAAAAUGCAAAAAUUGUUGAAGAAGCACACAACAGCUACCGGGUGUUCAAAUGUGGCUCCAACUCCAUGUACAAAUUUGCAGAUGAUUCCUCUGUCGUGGGCCGCAGCUCAAAUAGCGAUGAGUCAGAGGACAGGAAGGAGAGAGAAGCUUAGUGACUUGGUGUCAUGACAACAAGCUAUCUCUCAAUAUCAACGAGAGAACUGGUCAUUGACAUCAGAAAGGGGGGCAGUGCCUUUGUGAUGACAUAAAACACCCUCAACAAGUGGUAGCUUUUAUGCAGAAGCUACCCGUGUGCUUUCAAGAUUUAGAGAGUUUACAGGAUAAAAGUAAUACUUAAUUGUAUCAAAUUUCACUUGUUGAAUUUAAAAUGUUGACAAAAUCCAACAAGCAUUUUUCUUUUAGAUUAAUGGAGGUCUGAUAUUCAAUGUAGAUUGCAAUUAUGUUGUACAAUAUUUCAAAGUUUAAAGUAAACUUUAUUAUUAAAGUAAAUAUAUGUCACUAUAUAGAACCCUGAGAUUCAAAGGCAUGCUCUGCAAAUCUAUAGAAGUUGGAUUGAGCUAUUCAGAGUGGAGAAGUCAAGGCAGGGUUUUCGAUGCCCAUUCAGCUAACCCGGGUGUGAGGCUGGAUCUCUCUUAGCACCGAGCUGGUUUGGAGAGGUCGAGAGCAGCUUCGGGCUGGGUUGUGAGGUCUAGGCCCAGGACGCUUCGCUGCGGCAGGACCUGGGUCCUAAUUCGAGGCACAGUCUGCUGUUUGCACAAUUGAAAUACCAGCCCAGAUAGACUGGAAAGUCAGUGUUUCGUGGACCAGAGGUAAGGGUUGGGCCAAUUUCACUCUGAGGCUGCGAGGCUGCCCCAGCUAUGUGCUUCGUGUCUAUGAGCUUUGCAGCGAUUUGCUCCGCUAAUAGGAUGACCUGAGCCUGAGGCUUUGGGUCUACUUCUGGUUGCUCCAGGGAUUCAGAUCUAAGGACUCAAUCGGGUUCAGAAUGCUGUUGAUCGCUUCUUUUGUUUGCAUGAUUUGUGGGUUUUUUUCUCUUUCUCUGCACAUUGGGUGUUGGUCUUUAAUUUUUUUUGAUUGGGUUCUUUUGGGCCUCUUGUUUUGUGGCUGCCUGUAAGCAGAGAAAUCUCAAGAAUGUAUAAUUUAUACAUUAUUUUAAUCUACUUUGAGUCCUGAAUCUAUAACAGGAUCAAUGAAAGACCAACUGGAGUGCAGAAGACAACAAGCUGCAAAUGCGAAACAUAUUAAUGAUGUCUGGUUCUUCACUUGUGAAGAUCAGGAGAGAAAAUAAAUUCUCCAUUGCUUUGCUCCCUACUUGCACUGCGCAUGUUUAUUGUGAGGAUUGGUGCGUGUGGACUGAUUCCGCUCUGUAGGCCAAGGAAUGUUCCACAAUGGCACAGCGAGCUGCGACGUCCGCAAGGCUGUAGGUUGAGUAUUGGAGUUUUCCUUCUCCUAGACACACUGAAUAGGCAAGGCCAAUGAGUCCCACCUACCCGGGUUUGGAAUCUCCUAGGCUGGCUGCCAGCCAAGGUUGAUGAGCCCAGCCUGCCCGCUGGACACUCAGUUGUGCCAUGACACGACAAACUCAAUAAGAACAGGGACAACACAUGAAGGUGUUGCUAUGGUCACAGAAAGGAGAAGUUACAGAAGAUGUUUCACCUUCCUUAAAUGAGCAGGAUGUCCAGCCCAGGACUCACCAGUCCCCAAAUAUAUUAAUAAAUAAUGAGAACAUGAGAUAACAACAUAAAGGGUCCUUAAAAGUAGAUCACUGGUUGUGGGGACGUCUCAGUGGAUUGGCAAAUGAGUGUAGUUAUCCCCUUUUGUUCAACAGCCUGAUGGUUGUGGGGUAUUAGCUGUUCUUGAACAUGAUGGUGCGAUUCCUGAGGGUCUUGUAUGUUCUACCUGAUGGCAGUCGCAAGAAAGGAGCGUGGCCUGGGUGGUGAGGAUCUCCGAUGAUGGAUGCUGCUGUCCUACGACAGUGUUUCAUGUGGACGUGCUGAGCGGGGGAGGGCUUUACCUCUAAUGUACGGGGUCAUGUGAGGUUUUAUCUUUAGGAUUCAUCGUCCAUGGAUGUUUCUCAUGUUUGUGUAUCAGAAUCAACAUUUUUUUUAUCACUGACAUACAUCACAUAAUUUGUUAUUUUGUGGGAGCUGUACUGUGCAAGACAUAAAAGUCAAGGCAAGUUUAUUGUCAUUUAACUAUGUACAUGUAUACUGUCAAAUGAGACAUUUCUCCAGACCAGGGUGUAAAGCACAGUAGUACACAUAGAACACACAAUAACAUUAAAGUAAGAGUAAAAUCUACAAAUGAAAUACACAUAAAUAAACAAAGUAAAGGGAAUAAAUUAAAUAUUGUUGGCUACAGAACAAAUUAACUGGUGACACUUCAAAUACAAUGUGGCAGGGUGCUCAAAAGCCUAAGGGCCUGAGGGAAGAAACUGUUUCCCACUCUGACCGUUCUUGUCUUUAUACAUUGUACUCUCCUGCCUGAUGGUAGAAAGUCAAAAGGGAUGCUGGGUGGAUGGGUGGAACCCUUAAUAAUACUAAAAAAAUGUACUAUAAAUUACAAAAAAAAAAGAGCACAGGAAAGGUACAGAGAGGUAGUGUUUAUGGACUGUUGAGAAAUCUGAUGGUAGAAGGAAAUGGAUUACUCAGAACAUGAUACCAGACCCUGAAAAGGCAUAUAGGAAUUGAACAAAAAUGUGUUAGGAGAAGCAUACGGCAAGGUAAUGCCUCUCUGUGGUAUUCUUUCCACACUUAAAACAAGAGAGCACCAAAAUUUCUUUCAAAGCUUCAUUCUAAAUAGAGCAUUGCCGUAUUCUGUGGUUUAAGUUUGGUGUUAAGGAUUCCUUUUGGAAUAUCAUGUCAUUUCAUGUCACCAUUGUGCAUUUGAUAUUAAGAAUGAAAUGUUACAUAUUAAAGAGUUACGUACUAGUUUCAUGAACAUGCCUACCCCCAUUUCAGCGCUUGAGGUUGGACUUAACAAUAGGCGAUUGACCAUGGUCGUUAAUCCAUAAUGAAAAUGGCAGAAGCUGACCAAACAAAAAAGAGGUGUAGUCAGUAUAGUGUGGCGUAUCUGAAAUAUGGAGUUAUACCAGCACCAAGCAAUUGUGACUUGGAUAGGUUGGGUGAGUGGGCAAACUCAUGGCAGAUGCAAUUUAAUGUGGAUAAAUGUGAAGUUAUCCACUUUGGUGGCAAAAAUAGGAAAACAGAUUAUUAUCUGAAUGGUGGCCGAUUAGGAAAAGGGGAGGUGCAACGAGACCUGGGUGUCAUUAUACACCAGUCAUUGAAAGUGGGCAUGCAGGUACAGCAGGCGGUGAAAAAGGCGAACGGUAUGCUGGCAUUUAUAGCGAGAGGAUUCGAGU